AUGCUCAGUCAUGGCCAAUAUUACAAGCUUGUGAAAAUAUCCACUCCUGCACUGAAGACAUGCGCUUGUUGCCAUACUAGAGGCCUGCACAGUCUUCUGCUACCUCCCAGAGGACGUUCAGCUAGCACAUCUGCGUCUGCCAGUCAGACAAAGACCCGGUUCGAUACGCUCGCCAAGCAAUUGGCAGAAGUUGUCAAAACAACAGGCCCGAUCAGUAUCGCUGCAUACAUGCGUCAGUGCUUGACACAUCCAGAACUGGGCUACUAUACACAACAAACUCCAUUUGGCAAGCAUGGCGACUUUGUCACCUCACCUGAAGUCUCUCAGAUGUUUGGCGAACUCGUUGGUAUCUGGUUCGUUACUGAAUGGAUGGCACUGUCCAAGCCGUCAGUUAUCAACCUCAUUGAGCUUGGACCCGGCAAGGGCACCUUGCUCGACGAUAUGCUUCGUGCCGGAGCAAAAUUCAAAGCCUUUCUGCAAGCCUUGAAGUGCAUACAUCUUCUGGAAGCGAGCGACAAGCUACGCGAAAUUCAGCAUGCCCUGGUCGGCGAUGGCAGUCCGAUCGACAAAAGCGACGAUCUCAUUUGGCAUGGCAAGUCCAAGUAUGGGCCGGGGAUCUGCUGGCAUGCUGAUCUUAGCACAAUCCCCAAGGAUCUCUCCCAUCCUAUGAUCAUUGCUCACGAGUUCUUCGAUGCAAUGCCAAUUCAUGCUUUCGAACGCACGGAGAAAGACUGGAAGGAGCUUCUGGUUGACACGAAGAACGUGUCCACCGUAGUGCCGGCUCCAGCAAGUGAGAGCGAAGUAGACCCUUCCUUUCAUCUGACUCUGAGCAAAUCGCCAUCGCCUCAUGGUAAAAUGCUUCAAUCGCCCCGUUUCGAAUGCCUCAAGCCGCCAGCUCGCGUUGAAGUCAGUCCAGAUUCGAUCAACGUGGCGAUCAAACUCUCAGAGAUCAUGGGAGGACAAAAUCAGGGCUCGGCACUCAUUAUUGACUAUGGACCGAAAGAUACGAUUCCAGUCGACACUCUUCGAGGCAUCCGAGCGCACAAGAUUGUAUCACCGUUUAUUGACCCAGGCAAGGUCGAUCUUUCUGCCGAUGUCGAUUUCAAGGCUAUUGCAGAAGCUUUUCAACAACAAGGUGGCAUUUAUGCCCAUGGCCCAGUGGAGCAAGGUCAUUGGCUUCACCGACUUGGUAUCGGCGCAAGAGCUACUGUGCUAGCACGAAAUGCCAAGAUGGAGAGCGACCGAAAGCGGAUAGAAGGUGAAUACAAGCGCCUGGUGGAAAGUGUCGCUAUGGGCAAGGUCUACAAGGUCAUGGCCAUCACGACACGCGACGUAACCCCCUGCGGCUUCGAGACGGAUACCUAG